AUGACAUCAAUACUUGCACAAUAUCAAACAGAUAUUUCCUCACUUCACGAAGAGUUGAAAAAGCUCAAAUCAAAGAGGAAUGAUCUAUUAUUAAAGAUGCUUGAAGAGCGCCCUGUUCAUGAAUAUACUUCUGCAAAGGCACCUCAAGAUUUAAAGCCGAUCGAAAGUCAAUGGAAUAUUGAAAAAAUAUACAGAUUGUCAGGAAUUACAUUCUUCAUCCCAUCUAACCCAGAAAAAUAUUUCCAUUUAAAAAAAAAGUUGUUAUAUAAACUCAUAGGAGCUAGAAUUGAUAUUUUUCAUAAAGGUGUAUUUCUAGAGCCUCACUAUUUAAUCUUUCGCGUAAAUACUAUAUUAUCGUUAUAUAAACAUACCAUACCUAACUUUAUUAAUAUUGAUUUACUUGUAAAGAAAUGGUUAAAUAAGGAUAUCAACAUAUUUCUUGCUUUAAUACGCAAACAACUUCUUUAUCAUACAAUCCGUUCGUCUCAUAUUCGUGAAUUAGAAACUAUCUUUUCAGACUUUACAAUAUUAUGUGAUCCUUCUGCUACAUUGGUACAAAUAAAAAAUCAAAAAUAUACUAUAAAUAUUAAGUAUGGGGAUACAAAUAUUGAGAAAACUAUCAUUAUAAAUUCAAAAGGAGAUAGAGAAAUAGAACUCGAAAAAAAAAUAUUUGACAAUAAUCUUAUUACUAUUCAUCAUUUCUUAAAAUAA